AUGACCACGUCGAGACGCGUCCCGGUAACCCAAGACAUCGACGGCCAACCGAUCAGCCUCAACUUCGUCCCCGCCCUUUACCGGCGAAUUCCCACGUUUGAACCACAGGACGGCGAUAUCAUCCAGGUAACGUACCCCCGAUCCGGGACACACUGGGUGCAACAGAUUAUUCAGCUGAUCUUGUCCAAAGGAGAAUCGGUCAAAUCCUUCAAUGAAUUCCUGGAGAAGGCGCCUUUCCUCGAAGUCCAAGAAGUCAAGACGACCGCAUCCCCCAGACUCCUCCGGACCCAUUCCUCCAUGAGCAAACUUCGCCUUAGCGAAAAGGCCAAGUACAUUUACGUCGCACGCAACCCCUGGGAUUGCUGCGUGUCUUGCUACCAUUUCAUACGAGGAACUCCCUCAACCGAAUUCGCGAAUGGAACAUUUGAUGAUUUUCUGGACGCGUUUCUCAACGCGCGGGUGGGGUUCGGCGACUACUUUGAGCACGUACUCUCGGGUUAUAACCACAGAGGAGACUCAAACGUAUUCUUUGUCACGUACGAGGAACUCCAGACGACCAAAAAGGAUGUCGUGCUGCGGUUGGCCGAGUUCCUAGGGGAGCAUCACAGGAAAGAGCUCGAACAAAACGAAGUUCUUCAGCAAGUUCUGGAGAAGAGCACCGUGGAUUUUAUGAAGAAUAUUAUGAAGAUGAACGUCAAGCAGGUGCUCAACGUUUUUAAGAAGAACUCGCCGUACCUGCAGCUUGCGCGAGUCAUCAGCAACCAGGAGUCUAAUCAGUCGACCGACAUUCAGAUCCUCCGCAAGGGAGUGGUAGGCGAUUGGAAGCAACAUUUCACUCGUGAAAACUUCGAGAAAAUGCAGACUGCCAUCAUGGAUCGAACCAAGGGUUCGGAUAUCAUGAAUCUGUGGAAAUAUGACUGGUGA